GUCGAGCGGGGAGGGGGGGCGAGGAACGAGAUUCAAGUGCAGUUAUUUGACAGAACCUUGAACGUGGUAGGGUGGCAAUGGGAGUAGGUAGAGGGCUUCAAAUUCAAGUUUCAUUUUGUUUGCUUGUCAUGAUCGUCAUACCCGUAACAAUGCUUUGCGAUUAUACCCCCUGAACAUAUUUAACAGCAACAGGGCAUAGCAGGAUGGCACUUACUGCAGUUUCCGCGUGUGUGGGGAAGCAAAGCUAGUCUGUGUAUUGUACACCGCAACGCGGAAAAUAUUAAGAUGUUGGGGGAUAGAAUUCAAACGAGAUUGAAACAAUGUAGCACCGCUGCGGCAUUUCCGAUAUUCGGAUGAAAGAAAGAAUACAAAGUACCUUCAUGUACAUGUAAGAACAGCUCUCGACAGCAGAAAUAGAGGGAAUUGCGGAUCGAUAGCGUCUUCAUUGCUACCAAAGGCAGAAGAGGGACCGAAAACUGCAAUAUGUUCAGAAGGAGACUCAACCGUUUGUUUGCGGGGGACGAGAAGAGGGGGGACAGUCGGACCAUCCAUGUGGGCCACCAGCCCUGCCCAGCCACGGACGCCUUCAUCCAACCGAAAUUCUGCGACAACAGGAUUGUUUCCUCUAAGUAUACCGUCUGGAACUUUUUGCCCAAGAACCUGUUCGAGCAGUUCAGAAGAAUUGCCAAUUUCUACUUCCUGAUUAUAUUCCUUGUGCAGGUGAUAGUGGACACGCCCACCAGCCCGGUCACCAGUGGCUUGCCCUUAUUUUUUGUAAUCACUGUGACGGCCAUCAAGCAGGGUUACGAGGAUUGGUUGCGUCACAAGGCUGACAAUGAGGUGAACAAGUACCCAGUGACCAUUCUGGAAGGCGGAAGGAGUCAGUGCAAGAAAGACAGUGAGAAGAUCAAGGUGGGUGACAUCGUUGAGGUGGAAGAGGACGAGACGUUCCCCUGCGACCUGAUCCUGCUGCGGUCCAGCCGCGAUGACGAGACCUGCUUCGUCACCACGGCCAGCCUGGACGGAGAGUCCAACCAUAAGACACACUACACAGUGCCUGAUACGGAGAAAGAUCUGGAAUCACUUAAUGCAACCAUUGAGUGUGAACAGCCGCAGCCAGACCUUUACAAGUUUUUGGGACGCAUGCACAUCUACAGAGAUGGCCAAGCCACCGCUGUGAGGUCUUUAGGCCCAGAAAAUUUAUUGUUGAAAGGUGCUACAUUGAAGAACACCAAAAAGAUUCACGGCGUGGCGGUUUACACGGGCAUGGAGACCAAAAUGGCGCUGAACUACCAGGGAAAGUCCCAGAAGCGCUCGGCAGUGGAGAAGUCCAUCAAUGCCUUCCUCAUGGUGUAUCUGGGGCUCCUGGUGGGCAAGGCUCUGGUUUGCACCACGCUCAAGUACAUCUGGCAGAGCCAGCCGGGGCAGGGUGAGCCUUGGUACAAUCUCCACACCCAGAAAGAAAAGGACACCAAUCUAUACCUGAAGAUGUUUACAGACUUCCUGUCCUUCAUGGUGCUCUUCAACUUCAUCAUCCCUGUCUCAAUGUACGUUACUGUGGAGAUGCAGAAAUUCCUGGGCUCUUUCUUCAUCUCUUGGGACAAAGACUUCUUUGACCCGGAGAUCCAGGAGGGAGCGCUGGUCAACACUUCUGACCUCAAUGAGGAGCUGGGUCAGGUUGAGUAUGUGUUCACUGAUAAGACGGGCACCUUGACCCAGAACAACAUGGAGUUCAAAGAGUGCUGCAUCGACGGCUUCCAGUACCUGGACUCCCCUGUGCAGGUGGAUGGGCUGUGUGUCACGGACGGGCCAGUCAGCAAGACCCAGGAGAAGGCGUGCAGGGAGAAGGAGGAGCUGUUCCUGCGGGCUCUGUGCCUGUGCCACACAGUGCAGGUGAAGGAGUCUUGGCAGGGCGGGGUCCUGGGCAUGGACCAGGUGGACAGAGGGGCCCUCGGACUGGAAGAGCAGUGCGGGUUCAUCGCUUCCUCGCCCGAUGAGGUGGCGCUGGUCAAGGGGGCCAUGAAGUAUGGCUUCAAAUUCCUGGGCUCGGAUUGCAGAAGCAUGAAAAUAAUGAACAGGAAUGAAGACAUUGAGGAGUACGAGCUGCUGCACGUGUUGAACUUUGACCCGGUUCGACGGCGAAUGAGCGUGAUUGUUAAAUCCAGAUCAGGGGACAUCCUCCUUUUCUGCAAAGGGGCAGACUCGUCCAUUUUCCCCCGAGUCAAGCCGGAGGAAGUGGACCGAAUACGGAGGCAUGUGGAGCGAAACGCUACAGAUGGCUACAGGACGCUGUGCGUGGCCUACAAGCAGCUGAGCACGGAGGAGUACGAGAAGGCCGACGCGGGGCUGCGGGAGGCGCGGCUGGCCCUGCAGGAGCGGGAGGAGAAGCUCACGGCCGUGUACAACCAGAUCGAGACCGACAUGAGUCUGAUCGGAGCCACCGCGGUGGAGGACAGGCUGCAGGAGCAGGCCGCUGAGACCAUGGAGGCGCUGCAGGGCGCCGGGAUGAAGGUGUGGGUGCUGACCGGGGACAAGAUGGAGACGGCCAAGUCCACGUGCUACGCCUGCCGGCUCUUCCAGAGGAGCACGGAGCUGCUGGAGCUGACGGUGCGCACCCUGGAGGGCAGCGGCCCGCGGCGCGAGGAGAGGCUGUGGGAUCUCUUACAGGACUACCACAGGAAGGCCGUGUAUGAUGCCCCGCCCAUCAAGGCCACAGCCAAACGGAGCUGGUGCUCCUCGGGCCAGGAGUUUGGCUUCAUCGUGGACGGAGCCACGCUGGGCCUGGUCCUGAACACCAGCCGCUACAGCAGCCUGUUCCUGCAGAUCUGCCAGAACUGCACGGCCGUGCUGUGCUGCCGCAUGGCCCCGCUGCAAAAGGCGCAGAUUGUGAAGAUGGUGAAGAGUUCGAAGGGCAGCCCUAUUACCCUGUCCAUUGGUGACGGGGCCAAUGAUGUCAGCAUGAUUCUGGAGGCGCAUGUGGGCAUUGGUUUAAAAGGCAAAGAGGGCCGGCAGGCGGUGAGGAACAGUGACUAUGCCAUACCCAAACUCAAGCACCUGAAGAAGCUGCUACUGGCACACGGGCACCUGUACUACGUCCGCAUCGCCCACCUGGUGCAGUAUUUCUUCUACAAGAACCUUUGCUUCAUUUUACCUCAGUUCCUGUAUCAGUUCUUCUGUGGAUACUCACAGCAGCCCCUGUACGACGCAGCCUAUCUGACGAUGUACAACAUCUGCUUCACCUCUAUGCCCAUCCUGGCCUACAGCCUCCUGGAGCAGCACAUCUGCAUGGAGAUCCUCAUGGACAAUGCCUCUUUGUACAGGGCGAUGGCCAAGAAUGCCUUGCUGCGCUGGGGCCCCUUCCUGUACUGGACGGCAUUGGGGGUCUUCCAUGGCCUAGUCUUCUUCUUUGGUGUGCACUUUCUUUUCAGAAAUUCAGCCUUGCAGGACACUGGCCAGGUCUUUGGAAACUGGACCUUUGGAACAAUAGUUUUUACUGUCCUCGUCUUCACCGUCACCCUGAAGUUGGCUAUGGACACACGUCACUGGACCUGGAUUAACCACUUUGUCAUCUGGGGCUCACUGGUCUUCUAUGUCUUCUUCAGCUUCUUCUGGGGAGGAAUCAUAUGGCCUUUUCUGCAGCAGCAGAGGAUGUACUUUGUCUUCUCCAGCAUGCUGAGCUCCCUGUCGGCCUGGCUGGUCAUCGUCCUGCUCACCGUGCUGAGCCUUCUGCCCGACGUCCUGCUCGUCAUCCUCCGCCCGCCCCGGAACCCCCACCCCCGACAGACGGGGCCACGCCUUCCUCCCUCUGGGACGUCCACUGUGUUCAUGCUGUCUCAGACCCCCAGCACUCACAGCUUCUCCUGGAGUGCCUGAGCCUGCAGAAGACCCCCUCCUACAUGUAGAAACGUAAAACAAGAUGCCCGCUGCCAUCACGCCGCUGUCCUACAAGCACCUGCAGGAGCUGAACUGAAGACCCGGGGGAAAUACUGGGGCAGGAACGGGCAGCACCCUGCCUCUACAGGACCCCCCCCCCAGCCUUCCGAAUGCUAGCCGUCUGCACCACUGCCUGUUUUGUUUUGUCUUUAAACCCGCGGUUCGCUCCGCUAGCUUUUGCGACGCCGUCGUCCCUGCGCUGGAGCAUGCUGCUGGCCGCGUCUCCAUGGCGCUCACGCGUUCGACGCGUCUUUAUGCCUUUUCUUUUCAAGGAUGCGCUCAAUGGCUUCGUGGGUUUUUCUGUCUUUCUAUGAAGAUUAAAUGUAUGUGAAUCUGACGAGGCUGCGCCGUCAGUUGCUGCGAGCUGCAGUAUUUCACUCCCGCUCUCCCAGAAUGCUUCACUUCCCAUUUUUGGGAAACCAAAAGGAUGCCCCGCGUCGUUGCUGUUGGCGAAGAAUAAUUGAGGUCCGACUACUCUCCCGUCAUCUGACUCCAUUUGCAUUUUACCAAACGAUCUUACGUGGGACAAAGCUUUCUUUAAAUUGUGGUUCUUCUCCAAAGAGAAACUGUGGACCAAGGGCAGCUGCAAUAACAAUGAAUGAUCCUCGAAGCUCAGUCCAUUCAUUCUGUUUCCAAAAGCCAUUGGAAGUGAAAGACAUCACUUUGCAUCGUAUGGCCACACUGCAUGGCAAGUGAGAAACAUAAAAUAUUUUGCACAGCGAGUCCUAAACCUGCUUGCUGUGAGACAGCAUGGAAUUGUGGGAUGGAGGGCGGUAGGUACAACAGAACAUACAGACACAUGAUUCUCACACGAUUGUGCACUAAUACUGAUAGCGCGACUAUGCAUGCAGUGAAUCUACCAGCCUUUCGAGAACAGAGAUUAUGACUGUGUGAACAGAUAAACGUACGUAUGUGCUUUGGAUGCCAAAAAUUAGCCAGUGAGAGAUCUGAGCCCCGCCUCUUCACCGAGGUUGUGUGUGACCGUGGACUGAGUGACCGCUGCUUUAAUAAUUACAUUGUGUGUUAAUUACAUUAAUGAGAAAUCUGUGGUUGGUCAUGUGGCUUAGCCGUCAGUGGGGCCACACGCCUGUACGUUUUUUUAAAAGCGUACGGAUCGGAGCACUGCCUGUUGCUGCUCGCGCCUCAUGUAUCUGCAGAAAACGUGGGCCAGCUCUAAAUCUGUCACUUGCACGGUCGCACACGGCCAUACUGUGAGCGAGAAGCGCUCAGAGGGGGCGCGUCUGGACCGAUUGCUGCCAACGGGCUGAGCUCGGCCUGCUGAAACUAAGCCUCCCGCAGAGUCUUUCUGGAUGCUGGUGGCAUUGUGGGCCGUCGGGUCCUCCUACCCUUUAACUGCAUCGUCUCUCAGUGUCAGUUCCGCGUGGGGAACGCUUUUCUGCAGGGUUGUGUCAUUCGUUGUUAGGGGGUCGGGCGGACAUUUUAAAUCCAGCUGCAAUGUUUGUGUGUAACGCUUCAAACAUUCCAUGUGUGCAUAUACCCAUGGUUCAGAUCACGUUUUAAAAAAAUACGGAAUGCCUUUUUUCUUUUUUUUUUUCGAAACACAUAAUUCUAUCGGACCUGUUUGUUGUAAUGUGUGAUUUUACCUGCAAAUGCUAUAUAUUUUUAUUACCAGAUUUUUAUUAAUGUGGAGAAUGAUUUCACAGCGUGUGCUGGUUUUAAAUGACCCGGUUCUAAUAAACUGCUUUAUUUCACCCUUUGAGUACUGCCCCUUCCCCCUGCUCAGUCCGUAUAGAGGUGUGUGAAUGGGACUUCUCAUUGGCUGGGCCACGGUGCUGGGCAUCUCUACCUGAAGUCCUUAGCGUCCUGCAGUCUUACUGUCUCUUUACUAAUGAUGUCAUUUACCCAACCUUCAAAUUAGUAUUUGUAAUUAGAAGAGCAAGAAAUAUUUGAAUCUUUUGAUUAUGAUUGGUUUGUUUUGUACGCACAGCAUUUUAUGAUUGUAGAUUUGGACGCAAUUUAGCAAAAUUCAGAAUUCGAUCGAGAAGUUGUCGCUGUGAAAUCUGCGGUUAUGAAUCAUGCAAAGUGAGGUUCUUGAUCUUACCGGCCCACGGGGGCUAAGGUUGACCCCUGGGGUCACCAGAGCUAACGGAUCUGGACCUGGAGAGGUAGGGGGCAGAGGGGCAGGCUGUGUUAUGGAAGAACGAUCCUUUGCAAUUUUAACAGAUGCAAGUCUUUAAUCCUCACGUUUGCCUGACUGAAAUGCUGUGUUGUAUGUUUACAGCAACAUUUUUCCAGCAACAUUUUCGUAAAAAAAACAUAAGUGAAUGGGCAAAAAAAAGUCAGAUUUGCUCUGAAUGUUUAGAGACCUGUUGCUGUUCAGACUCCCGGAGAAGGAGCAGAGGCUGUGUGCUUCAAUGGAAACCCCAAACCAGCACCCGUGCCCCUUAUAUGGGACGCUACACCAACACCUUCUGAACCUACAAGCAUCUGAAUGUACCUCCAAGACCAGUCAACACAAACUCAUUCUGUAAUAAAAGGAUGUGAUUGAAGAGC